AUGACCCCAGGGUCAAUCCCGGAACUACUACCACAGCUCUUACGGGGCCGCCCCAGCCCGCCCAUCCAUACUUCCCAACCCACACAGCGCCCUCCUUCCUCCAAACCUCCCCAGAAGACCGCCGGGCGGACCAACACCGCGGCGGCAUCCCGGACGACUCAGACCGAUCCAAGCUCAUCGGUGUCGUCAGGGGAUGCCGUCGUCACAAUGCCCGGCGGGGACACUUCUGAGGUCGGUGGAGGCAAGGAGAGGCCGUGGGUUGGGAAGGUCAAUAUCACCAUGGGCGAGGCUGGGUGCAAGGUCCUGUCGUGUGGUGGUUGGUUCUGGUGGCGAUCCUGGGUUAUAUAA